GGCGGAAGGUGAGCAGGCAGCAUGGCGGCGGCGGCGGCGGGUCUGCUGCGGGCCACAGUCGGGUUGGCUGCGGUCUCGUCCCUCCACCGGCCGGGGCUCGAGCUGCGGUGGGCAGGCGCCGCCGCCGCUUUCCCCUCGGCCCGGAGGAGCUACGGCUCGGAGGCGCGGGAGGAGGAGGAGCUGCGCGUCCGCUACCUGGACGACGAGCAUAAAGGAAUUGUGGUGCUUGGAUUAAAUAGACCUCAUGCCAAGAAUGCACUUAAUAAAAAUCUUUUAAAAAUGAUGUCAAAAGCUGUGGAUGCUUUGAAAUCUGAUAAGAAAGUACGAACUGUUAUAUUCCGGAGUGAAGUCCCUGGGAUAUUCUGCGCUGGUGCUGACCUUAAGGAACGAGCUAAAAUGCAUUCAAGCGAAGUUAGUUCUUUUGUCUCGAAAGCCAGAGCAGCUAUUAAUGAAAUGGCAAAUCUUCCAGUACCAACUAUUGCUGCACUAGAUGGGAUUGCAUUAGGUGGUGGCCUAGAACUGGCUUUAGCCUGUGACAUAAGAGUGGCAGCUUCUUCUGCUAAAAUGGGUCUUGUUGAAACAAAGUUAGCAAUCAUUCCAGGUGCAGGAGGGACACAGAGGUUACCUCGAACAAUUGGUGUAUCUCUAGCAAAGGAACUAAUCUUCUCUGCACGCGUUGUAGAUGGUGAAGAAGCAAAAUCAAUAGGAUUGAUCAGCCAUGUGGUACAACAGAAUGAAGCAGGGGAUGCUGCCUACAGAAGAGCUUUGGCUCUAGCAAGAGAAUUUUUACCUCAGGGACCCGUAGCAAUGAGAGUUGCAAAGUUAGCCAUCAAUCAGGGGAUGGAGGUGGAUUUAGUAACAGGCUUAGCAAUUGAAGAAGCCUGUUAUGCUCAGACUAUACCAACAAAAGAUAGAAUUGAAGGUCUUCUUGCUUUUAAGGAGAAAAGACCCCCUCACUAUAAGGGAGAAUAGGAGAAACUGAUGCCUUUAAAUUACCAUGAAAUAAACCUACUGCUGGAAGGGCCUUUCAGCUGCACUUUGCCUCAGCACCUGGAAUAUCACAGCCACCAAAGUAAAAGCUAAUCAUACCUAUGUUACUACAUCUUGAAUGUGUUCAUACAUGUAUCUGCCCCCGAUCUGUGUUAAGUCAAACUCAUUAUGGUUUAUGACAGUUGCUGUAUGUACUUGGAAGGUCAUAGAUUAAUGGAUUUUUUUAAAUUCAUAUAUAUGAAACAUCAUUCCAAAAUUUUAAAAAAUGUAAAUUCUUUAUAUAGACAAAGCCUAUAACAUAAUAUUGAAUGUAUGUCUGUUGUACUAUUUUAUCAGAAUAAAAGUAAAUUCCACACACCAAAAAUGUGAAAUUAUACCAAAUAUGGUUUCUAAAUGAUUCUGUAUAUCAACAAGAAAUCAUGUUUAUUCCAACUAAAUAUGUAAAUUAUUAAUAAAGAUAGUGAAGUGACAAGAAUGAUUGUCUGGGAGAUUAUAAACUUGUCUUGUGCUAUUGUAAAUAAGGUGAAUUCUUUUGUAUCCAGUUUUAAAAGGGUAUUCUGUUCACUUGAACUUAACAAGGUUAAACUACUGUUGAAUUUAACCCUUAAAGUACUACCCAAAAUCAGAAGCAGAAGUACAAAAUGUGUACAUUAAGGUCACAUGUGCAAGUUAUGCUCUGGGUAUGAACAGAUUUGUCCUAACAUGGGGAACCUUGAGGCAAAAGUCUGGAGGUAACUGUAACAGUAUGACUGCAUGAGUGAUCUUGUUCUGGAAAGGUUCAAAUUCAAAUAUCUUCAGAUUCAAUCCUCAGUCAUGUAAGCCUCAGUUAUAAAUUUGGCCUCUUUCUCCCAGGUUUCUCCAGGACUUCAUCUGACCAGCACUCUCCACUAAUGAAAAAGCUGUAAUUUACUUGUCUUAGUCGUUUUUUACUUUCAGGCUCAAUUCAACUUUUUAAUUGCAGAGCUGUGAUUAAGCAUGUGUAUAAAGCUAGAGAAUUUAUUAAACACAUGUGCAAAGCCAGAGAACUUAUGUUAGCCUCAAAAUGCUUAUUCUGACUAUAUAAUCGUUUUGCAGGUUCUACUACUGUGUAGUUAUACACAGCCGCUUUGAACUGAGAUGUUCUUUAUUUUGUAGGGGCCUGUAUGGGUGGUUUCCUCUUUGGCUUUGAAAAGAGAAAACUACUGUGUCUAUGUAUCUUUGCCUUGGAAAAUGGCCUCUUCAAAAUAUUUUGUUAACUUGACUGGUAGGUAAAUGUGGCUUAUCAGUCAGAGCUUAAAUUAUUUAUAUUAAAACAAUCUCCUUUGUGUUCGGUUUGCAUUGUAUUUGUAUAAAUGUCUGCAUGCUGUGCUGUUUCUGCAACAUUAGCUAUGGUCAGUCUUCAAUCUAUGGUGAUACAGCAGCUGAUCAACAUGAAAUGACAAGAACUCAUUAGAAUUUAUAUUUAACCAUAUCUUUACAUGUAAAUUGAUUAUAACUGGUGUAACACACAUUUCGUUGACUGAUAAACUUGCUGAGUUGAUCAUUUCAUGCAUGAUAAUUUGCAAAUAAAGUACCUGUGCUUGUUUUGAUAGUCACAUAAGGCCUUCAGGGUCAUUUUCUCCUUUU